AUGCGACCGCUCCCGGGCAGCGAUGCUGCGCUGCCUCCGCCUACUAAGCCUCGGUCCCGCAAGCCGAGCAUGGAUCGCGCCGCUGCGCCGUCGAACAAUAGCCCCACCACGUUCUUCAUGAGGAGCGAGCAAGAGAUGGAACAGUCUUUGGCUGCUUCCCAGAGCACGCAUCCAGUGGCAAGGCAGCGAGACAGCACAUACGGUGUGCAGAGUCUUGCUGAUACUUUGGAGGCUGCGUUUGGUGCCCAAGGCACUACUGCUAGGAAGAAGGCGGAUAGCCAUAGCCAUGCAGGCAGCCACAGCAAACACACUGCCAGGUCGGGCUCGCAUGGCUCAUCCACGGACUCGGCCAAGUCGCCAAAGAGUCCUUUGGCAUCGCCACUGUGGAAGCUGAAAAGAAAAGUUUCCAGUCGCACGACGUCCACGCCUCUUACACCCCUUGACAUAGAUGCACCGUCUCCACUGCCUACCUCAGCUACACCUAGCACGCCAACAUCGGUAUCAUUGCAUUCGCUGAAGCUAUCCGACGAAGGUUCUGUAGUAGAUGAGGCUGGUAGUCAGGUCAUCACGUCUAGUGGUGAGGAGGAAUAUGAUGAUGUCGAAACGCAGCAGGGUGCCUCGAAUAGCUUCCCGCAGCUCGUGAUGCCGAGCAUACAGAUGCCAACAAGAAGACCAUUCACUGUAAAGGGAAAGAACAUGGGAAAAUUGAAGAUUCUGGUUGCCGGAAGAGCUGCCAUCGGCAAGAGUUCGCUCAUUCGAUCGAUUGUGCAGAGCUGCGAAGACAUUGUACACGUAGACCCCUUGUCACCCUCACAAUCGCUCUCACAGCCACUUUCUCGAAGACCCAAGUCCCGCAGAAGACAGCCAGAACAAGGGACAACAAUGAGUUUGACAGAGAUACAUGCUAGCACCAAACCAUAUCCUCCUUGGUGGACAGACGUCGAGGAAACACGAGUACUGCGCAGGAGAAAGAGCAGUAUCGACACUAUCUUGGAGAGGAACAUCUGCUUUGUAGAUACGCCGGGAUACAUCGAAGGUAGGUCUGAGCAAGACGAUAUGAACCUUGUCGUCGAGUAUGUGGAAUCACUACUCCACCAGACUGCUUCCAUGACAACCUUGGAGGAUGGAAAAAUGGUUGAAGUCGUCAGCGGCAGUGGAGGUAUCCUUGUAGAUGUCGUAAUCUACCUAUUACCACCAAACCAGGAUAUCACCAAAGAUGUUGAGUUCAUGCAGCGUCUAUCUGCUUUCACCAAUGUCUUACCCGUCAUUGCAAAGUCGGAGAUGUUGACUGCCCAAGAAUUGAUAUCACUCAAAGCUUCUGUUCUUGCUCGUCUUCAGGCUACAUCUGUCAAGCCCUUUCUAUUCGGAAAACCUUUGGACGAUGCACUAUUGGCCGUCCAGGGCCUGGAAAUCGUCCACCCCUCAAAGACUCCCACGACAGCGAUCUAUGCUGGCGAGCCAAAAGAGCCAAAUCAGUUCCCGUUUCCUACACCGACACAUCCAUACGCCAUAUCGUCAGCCCAUAAUUCGGACAACGACACAAUGGAUGCCUCCUUGCUCAUGUCUCCAGACUAUGUGCAACCUCUCAUGCCUUCCGAGCUGUCCAAUUUGAUUGAGCAGGUCUUCGAUCCCGAAUCAAUUGCGUGGCUAAGACAUGCUGCAGCAAAGAAAUUUCUUGCAUGGCGGCGUAAGAUGAAACUACCAGGCAACUCGUUCAUCGUUCAUGGUCUACAGCAACCACACAGUCCUACCACAGCAUCUGUGGGAUUAAAUGGCACGAUGAUGAACCCAUCAGCUACAUCCUCCGUCUUCUCCGUUGCCUCACUUUCGGGCGUCCUCGUUCCACGCUCCACCUCACCUGUUUACUCCAGUCUGCAAUCCCCCCUUCUUUCCUCAGUGGCUGGCUCACCCACCGACCCUACCGCCUUCUCCCUAACAAAUUACAUCAACAAAGACACGCAAGCGAGCGAUAUUCGCGUUGCGAGAUGGGCUACCGAUUUGCACAAAAGUUUGAGAAAUGAAAGAGAAAGGUUCGAAGAUCUCCAGCGCAACGAGCGUGCUAAAUGGCUGCUGGAACGCGUGGGCGAAGAAGUCGCCGCCGGUACCAUCAUCACAAGUGAUGGCGCUCCAAGGGCUGAGUGGGCAGUCGUGCGACAUGGCAACGAAAAACAGUGUGGUGGACAGAGAUAUGGAGUCGCGGGGUUGGACUCGAAGGAUCCGCUUGGGCUGUGUGAUUUCGGUGAUGAGGUCAGGAGGAGAGGAGUGGUGCUCGUUCAGGUCUUGGGCGGAGUGAGUCUGCUUGGGGCUGUGGGGUUUGCUGUUGUUAGGGUUUGUGGGGUGGCAACGCCAGAGGGCAGGCUGUGGACUUGGUUGAGUGGAGGGUGGGAGUAA